AAAACAGAGAACCGUGGCGAAGAGCGCGGCCUGAUCCUUUGGUGCACCCACCCCACCGGAGGGGACCGCCCAUUUUGCCGUCGCCGUCCCAAGCAACAAACACCAUUUCCGCCUCCUGUUGCCCCCACUUGCUUCACCUUUCGGUUUCCGCCAGGGACCGCCCGGCAGGGGGAGAGGCGAGGCGAGGCCAUCCCUGCUUCGCUUCUGGGCCACCACACCAGUCCACCACCACACGAGUCUCGGUCUUGCCAGUGCUCUGCCUGCUCGUCUCGUCUGUCUCGGCUCGGCUCUCGCUUUCGCCAUCGCGGACGCCGCAGCACAAUAAUUUUCGCAAUAACCUACUGUUCUUGACACGUCCGUUCCACCCCCGCCCCCUUCGUUCGCCACCGCCACGACCGCGUCGCUCGCUCGCGCCCUUGACGCGCUAGCUCGUCGCGAGGCCCAUCCAUCCACCUGCCCCCCUCUCGCCCCCCGUCCCAGGAUCCGAGCCCGGGCCCGGUCACGAACUGAUUGCUGUUUCCAAGAACCUCGCAGGAGCGGAUUGCAGGAAGCCGGCUUGGUCCGCGGUCGGCGCCGGAGGUUGGGAGUUCCGCGGCGAUGGUGGCGGUCGCGGCGGGGAGGCGGCCCGGAGCCGGGGCCGCUGCCGGCCGCCGGCGCGCGGGCUGCGGCGGGCAGCCGGGGCAGCAGCAGCAGGCGCAGCAGCAGCGGCUGCUGGCGGUUGCCGUCGCCGCAAGCUUCGCUGAGGCGAGGCGGGCGUCCGCGGAGGCGGCCGUGACCCCCUCCGGCGGCGGCGGAUGCUGCGUCGAGUUCCUCAAGUGCCUGCUCGGGGCGCUGGGCGUGAGUGCGGGCGCCGUGAGCUCGGCCCCCGCGGAGUACAUGUGGGCCGUGCGCUCGAUCCGGCGCCGGCGCUGCGGCGGUUCAGCCUCGCCGCGCGGCGCGUCUUCUGAGGGCCGCCGCGCCGAGCCCCCGUGGCGCAUCGCGGGCAACGGCGCCUCCGCCGCCGCAUCGCUCUACACCAUGCAGGGCAAGAAGGGCGUCAACCAGGACGCCAUGGUUGUCUGGGAGAAUUUCAGUUCAAAAGAUGAUACCAUUUUUUGUGGUGUUUUUGAUGGCCAUGGACCAAAUGGGCAUUUGGUUGCCAAGAGGGUCAGAGAUCUUCUGCCUGUAAAGUUGAGUGCAAAUUUAGGAAGGCAUGAUCUCCAAGAGACUUCCACUAGCACUGUCACGAGUGGGACAGCUAGAGGAGGCACAACCAAACAUGGGGAUGAAGAUGCUGAUGCUUCCACUGAAAACAAGGAGAAUAGCGAGUGCCCAGAAUUUUUCACAGCAUUGAGAGCUUCAUUCCUCAGGGCAUUUUAUGUAAUGGAUAGGGAUCUGAAGUUGCACAGAAAUAUUGAUUGCGCGUUCAGUGGAACAACGGCGGUCACAGUAAUCAAGCAGGGACAAAAUCUUAUAAUUGGCAACUUGGGGGAUUCUAGAGCUGUCUUGGGCACUAGACAUGAAGAUAAUCAGCUAGUUGCUCUUCAAUUGACUGUGGACCUCAAACCUAGCAUCCCAAGUGAAGCAGAGCGAAUCAGGCAACGAAGGGGCAGAAUAUUUUCUCUUCCAGAUGAGCCAAAUGUUGCUCGUGUUUGGCUUCCGACGUUCAACUCGCCGGGGUUGGCCAUGGCAAGAUCGUUUGGAGACUUCUGUCUAAAGAAUUAUGGGAUAAUUUCUAUGCCUGAUGUUUCCUACCAUCGCAUCUCCGAGAAGGAUGAAUUCAUUGUGUUGGCAACCGAUGGGGUGUGGGAUGUACUUUCCAAUGCCGAAGUCGUUAGCAUUAUCAGCAAAGCUCCUUCACAAACCUCAGCAGCACGUUUUCUUGUUGAAUCAGCUCAGCGGGCAUGGAGGACGCGGUACCCCACAUCCAAAAUUGACGACUGUGCUGCUGUCUGUCUCUUCCUGAACACAGACGCAACAAAUACAACCUCCAGUUCUGGAUCCAAAGCUUUUGCCAACGACAUAGAAGCGAGCAGCAUUAAGCAUUCAUUGACUGUUAAAUCAAACACUGGGGUUCCUGCGAAUCUUGUUACUCCAUUGGUAACAGAUGAUGAGUGGUCUGUUCUUGAUGGCGGCUCAAGGACUGUCACUAUAUCAACUUUGCCCAAGCCUACUUCAGUUGCGAGGUAGAGCGUGAAAAAUUGAGCUUGCAAGUGAACUGUCAGGGCCAUUCCUCGGGAUUUGUACAGCUUGUUUUUGCGCACAUCGAUUUUGUUUGAUGCGAAAAUCAGUGCCAGUUUUGUCGGCAAAUUGGGGGAAGUUGUUGCAAGCUGUAUUCUGCAUGCUGGUGUGAGUAGGACUGCAGCUUUCGUUUUUUUUUUUUGUAAAGUAUUCAAUGGGUUUAGUGUGAUCAGUUCGUAGUAAUAAUAUUGUGCCAGCUAUUGAUGGUGUAAUCAGAACCAUGGUGGCAUGAAGGGAUAAUCCCGUUUUUGUUAUAUUCA